GUUUUCUUCUAUCGAAUUCACAAUUGUUUAGGGGCAGACGCGUGUGACGUUGUGCCUCAUACGUAGUUCCCGUAAACUUUUUUCUCGGUCUUCAACCAACUUUAAAACUUCUCUAAAUCAUUGGGUUUCUAUCGGAAACAUGAAAAAAUGAGCUCGAAGCUUGCCACAAUGGAUCGAGUAGACACAACAUAGCAGAAUGAAUCACACAACCAUUAGAAUUGAUGAUGAAGCAAACAAGAUAUUCAUCAUCCUUGAGAUUAUCGUUCGCCUCCUGCUCGCUCUGUCGGGUACCGUAGGCAACGCUUUCGUCAUCUAUGCCGUAGUGAUGACGCCGAAAUUGCGAACCAUACCUAAUGCCCUUGUUACAACCCUGGCAGGCUUGGAUUUAACGUCCAGUGCUGUCUUGAUACCUCUCAUGGUCGUUGGCAAGGUAGAAAACAAGUGGCCCUUCGAUGUCAGCUUCUGUCGCGUUCACGGGUUCAUGCUAAUACUCUUCCACGCACUAUCACUCAACGUGCUCGGCCUGAUCGCACUAAAUCGUUUCCUAAAUAUCACCAAGCCCCUGCAUAUCUAUCGCAAAUAUACCACUCCGCAGCUUUUCAUCUUACAACUCAUCAUCGCAUUUUUGUUUGCUGGUGUACCUGUCCUAAGCCCAUUCUUUGGCAUUGGAAGCAUGGAUUUCGCUGGUUUCAAUCCUGUGCUCGGUCACUGCUCGUUUGGAUACGACGUCGAGGGCGUGUGGGUGUACGAGAUCGUGCUUCUGUCUCUCGGGCUUAUGAUUGGGACAUUCGUCAUUCCAUUCAACUACAUAUUGAUAUGGAAGCAUGUGGGUGCUAGUCGAUCACGGGUUCAUGCAUGGUCGACAACGGCUCUGCCUAAGAACAUCGCCGAGCAACAGUCCAACAUUGAAAUAGACAGUCGAAAUCAAGAAAUAUCUGUUCCCGCCUUUGCCCAAGCUAUCUCAAAUCGCCGUUUACAGCAAAAAGACAACCUUCGACUGACGAGGAACUUGUGGCUCCCCUUUGUAACUUUCAUGCUGUCCCUCGUACCCUUCUUUGUUUUUGUCAUUUUUGAUGAACAUUACACCUUCUCUCUCUGGCUUUGGAGGGCUGUGGAUAUUCUCUUCUGGUCGACUUCUUCGGUUAACCCAUACUUAUACGCCCUGAUGACAUCGAGUUUUCGAGAGGCGUCCAGAAAGCUCAUUGGUUUAUCUAUUGUCAAUUCACCAUUUCGUAGCUGAUAAACUUCAAAUUAAUGUCAUGUAUUAAUGACCAUGAUAACUUAUUGAUUGAUUCAUUCAUUAAUUUACUUAUUUCAACGUAUUAUAUCUAUUAAGAUGCCAUGGUCACAAAGGACGGGCUUACAUCUCGAUCUUAAAUACACUUAUUAUAGUUUUAUACUAGACGAUCAAUCACUUAAAAUGCUCACCCUGCCUUUAUAAUCUUGAAAUUAAAGAAAAUAUGAGAAAAAAGUAAAUUUAAUGGAAACUUCAUGAAGUUUAAGUGAUGACAUAAUAAAGCAGAUCAGUUGUAUUAGAUUAUGACAACGCUCAACACUACCAAAUCAUAAUUCAAGCUAAAAGGGGAAAAGAAAAGCACAACUAACAAUUUUUCCUCCCAGAAGAAAAUCAUUUUAGAAAAAAAAAGAAUAUAAUUCUGAUAAACAAUGAUAAUACUAUUGUACUGAUGAAACUAAUGAAGAUGGUUUUGGUAUUGAUAGGCCUAAUAAUGAUAAAAAAGGUAAUAUGGUAAUUAUGAUAACCACAUUAGCGUAAAGAUCCAAACAUGGGGGCCAAACUUGGCGUAUGGGGAAAAUCCUAAAAGUUUUCGAAAGAGUGAAGCGAGCGAGCCUGCUUUUGAGAUAGGUUUUAACAUAUUGUCCAGAAAAUAUCAUAUUUUACCCCUUUUUACUUUCAUUUUCUCAAUUUUUCUUGGUCGUGAUAAAAUUGGGGAUUCGUGCCCCCCCUUCUGUACGCCAGUGAAUGAGAGUGAUAACAAUGAUAAAGAUUAAUAGAAAUUAUUUUUUCAUUUAUUUCAUCAUAAUGAUAAUCAUAAAACAAGGUAGAGCCUGUCACUAAAAUCAUUUUACAACAAGAAAAUCACAGGUGUAGACAACUGGGGAUUUAUUUGUAAUCACUGAUUCACAUUUUGUUUUGAGGAAGCCAUAAAAAUUCGAAGUAAUGAAUUGAAAUUAGAAAUCAUAUUCCGAGAGAUUACUAAUGAAUUAAUGAAGAAUCUUUUUUUUUCUCUGCAUGUAUCACUUUUGUUUCUAUCUGACUAUACCUGACAUUUGAGAGCUUUCGAAACAGGCACGGUCGAUUCCUGUUUAGUGCUUGUUUACAUACAGUUCUCGUGAUAUUAUUUAGGAAUGAGUAUGCGCACAUUAUCAGAAUUGACUUCCUCUUUCCUCUGUCCUCUUAUCUUUCGGAAGGACCUUAUUGAUGAGUGAACGUUAACACUGUACUGCUUUGUGUCCAUGCUGCUAUGUAAGACAAGGUUUUGUGUGUUAACAACUAACUCAACUUAAAAUUACUAGUAAACUAUUCGAAUGGGUUCAGGUUAUCGAGGUACAACAUAAAAUGAUGUCGGCCUAUUUGGUUGACAGUUUAACAUAACGGUGCUACAAAUAUUACAGGAUAAUACAAAAAAAAUCAGAACUUAUAUUCUCACCAUUAAGAGGCAUUGAUCCACGUCCAUGUAUUACGCGGGUGGAGUGCGUUUACAGAAGUAUAAUGCAUCUUACAUUUCACUUCAUCUUAUCAGAAUUUAACAGAUUAAUAACGACAAAACCCUUCGUUUCUGUGUUUGUUUCGAAUGUUUUUAUUUCUGUCUCGCAAGGGGGGCAGAGUUGGUUCGGUAAAAGUGUCCACGGUAGUUAUAUUCACCAUGCACCCUGGAUGAUGAUAUUUUGACAGGAGAUAUUAAGUAUGGGUUGUGGUUAUUUUAACGGAUCGUGUUCCGUCUUUAAGCAACUAUUAAAACAUAUUUCACACAGGGAAUAUUAUUUUGUGGGAUUAUCGAAGAACUGAAAAUCGCGAGGCGAUUUUCAUAUGCUUAAUGUAGAUAAUAAUACUGUUAUUCAUGAAUUUAUUCAGAAUAAUAAAUACAUUAUUUCAUAAUGUUUAGUAUAAAUGAGAUUGAUGUCCACACUCUAAAAAAUACUGAGUAAAAGUGCUCCAUGAGGGUAG